AUGAGCCAGGCUGUCGUGAAGCAAUGGAAUGAAUCAACGGCUUCUGUAAAAGUCAUCAAGGAUGUGCAUAAGAAGAAUUCAUCAAAACGCUUAUGGAUAAAGAAGCCAAUACACGUUUGGAGAGAGCAGUUUCUCGAAGAUCGCUGUGUUUCACCUAGUCAACUGUACAAAGAGUUACUUAUUUCUGCUUUUCCUCAUAUUUUAUUGAAUGGACUCUUAAUCAUCUAUAUUCUAUUUGGAGGGCUGAUUUUCAGCGUUGUCGAUGAUGAGAUUCGAAGAAAACGUUUGUCCGAAGUAGUGUUGUUCGCGUUCACUACAAUUACUACCAUCGGGUAUGGCGACGUUACUCCAAGCAAUUAUAUUAGUCAAAUGUCUUGUAUUCUAUACUGUUUGAUUGGAAUCCCAUUGAUUUUUCUUGUUCUUACCAAUAACGGGCAGUUCUUAACCGAGGCUUACAACAUUUGGAUGAUGAGUUAUCAUAAACAGAAAACGCGCUUUGAUAGUCUACCUCUUUCGGUCAGUCUUAUGCUAUUGCUUAUCCAUUCCUUAAUUGGUGGUUUGAUAUUCAGUACAUGGAUAGAUUCAAUGCCAUUCAUCUCUGCAGUGUACUUCAGUUUCAUCUCUAUUGCAACUAUAGGCUUUGGAGAUAUCACACCUACGCCGGAGAACCCUUUCCAAGUUAUGAUCAUCAUACUAUACAUGAGUCUAGGAAUCAUUGCCCUGUCAACACUUCUUGGUUCACUUUCAUCUUAUUUGAAAUGGAUUCAUAGCAUUGGACGAACUUUCAAAGAUUCGCAAGAUUUUGAAGUUUGGUUGGGCGGAGAUGUAAUGACAAUCGGAGAAUUGGUUGUGACAAUCUCGAAGCAGUUCCAAGUAGAUCCAAAGCAAUUACAAUAUGUACUUCGCGACUUGGAUUCAAUCAUUACCACCUGCAUGGUAUCUGAAGGUGGAGACAACUGUGCUAUCGUAAAAACAUCACCCGAGGAGAAACCGAAAAUGAUGAACUUAACAAGUUGUGCCAUGGAGCUUUCACAACAACAACAGAAACCGACAUUUGAAAAAAGUCCCCCGGAGGACACAAAAGCGGCAUUACAUGCUUUGGGAGUUUUGCACCACAAAAUAAAGAAACAAGGAUCAUUCCAUCGAAGUACAUCUAGCGCUUCUUUGCGAUCUAUGUCUAGAUCAUUGAAGAAAAACGAUCCCGAAAAAUGUGAUAUUAGUACAUGUAAUGUAUAA